CGAGAAAAGGCUCCGCUCCCGACGCGGCGCUCUCUGGGAACUGUAGUUUAUGCUGCCCUGGUUCUGGCGCAAUCUCCAAAGCGCUUCCUUCAAGUAUUGAACUACACUUCCCGAUACGACAGGUAUUUCUCAAGCUCUUCUCACUGCGCUCUGCGCCGAUUGCAAAGUAGUCCCUGAGAAUGAGCCGCUGUGAUUGGAGGACGACGACAAGCGGAUGGUUUGGGCUCAGGCGGAAUGGACCUGCCUGAUGGCGCCCGGCAAUUGGCGGGAGAGAUAGCGUGUGUAACUCUAGGGAGGGGAGAAUGACCCCUUUGCGACAUCACCCACACGCGCGUGACUGAGACUGCAUCCUCCCAUGAGGGUAAACGUGGAAGGUAAAGAGACCUUCCGCUGCGUAAAGCUGGAUCGACCCGGAAACAAAAUCUUUUAAAAAACAAUUGACACUCUGGAGGGGCGGGGGAAUUGAUAAGUUGGGACGACCGGACAGCUUCUCAGGUUGCUAAGCGACGAGGCGGGAGCGCACGCACACGCUGGCUGCUUUAUAGCACCUGAGGGAACUGUGGCGGCGGCGUCCUGGAGACCCAAGAGACCAAGCGAGCGUGUCGCUCUCUCUUGGGUCCAAGGACCUAGCCCAGGAACCUUCUGCCCGGGAUAGUGUCUGGUGAUGAGGCGAGAGUUUUGCCGGGACGCCUACUACGAAGCGGCCGGGAGUCGCGCUUCUUUCCCACUCCCGAGAAAGGACAGAGAUUCCUUCUGCCAUCAGAUGUCUUUCUGCUUGACUGAACUGCACCUGUGGUCUUUGAAGAAUACCUUACACAUUGCGGAUAGAGACAUUGGGAUCUACCAGUAUUAUGACAAGAAAGAUCCACCAGCGACAGAGCAUGGUGACUUAGAAGAGAAGCAGAAGCUGGCAGAGUCACGAGAUUAUCCUUGGACGCUCAAAAACAGACGCCCAGAAAAACUCCGAGACUCGCUCAAAGAGUUGGAGGAGCUGAUGCAAAACAGUCGGUGUGUGCUGAGCAAAUGGAAGAACAAAUAUGUCUGUCAGCUCCUCUUUGGUUCAGGUGUGCUGGUGUCUCUAAGCCUUUCUGGGCCGCAGCUGGAGAAAGUGAUGAUUGACAGAAGCCUGGUGGGGAAGCUCAUCUCAGACACCAUCAGUGAUGCUCUUCUCACAGACAGUUUUAUCAUCUUAUCAUUUUUGGCACAAAACAAACUAUGUUUUAUUCAGUUUACCAAGAAGAUGGAUUCUUCUGAUGUAAACAAAAGACUGGAAAAACUCUCAGCCUUGGAUUAUAAGAUUUUCUAUUAUGAAAUACCUGGCCCAAUAAACAAGACAACAGAGCGACAUCUAGCUAUCAACUGUGUUCAUGAUAGAGUUAUUUGCUGGUGGCCACUGGUCAACGAUGAUGCUUGGCCUUGGGCCCCCGUUUCUUCUGAGAAGGACAGAGCCAAUCUACUCCUCCUGGGUUAUGCUCAAGGAAGACUAGAGGUUCUGAGUUCUGUCCGCACAGAAUGGGACCCACUGGAUGUUCGCUUUGGCACCAAACAGCCUUAUCAGGUGUUCACAGUGGAGCACUCCAUAAGUGUAGACAAAGAGCCCAUGGCUGACAGCUGCAUCUAUGAAUGCAUUCGGAAUAAAAUCCAGUGUGUGUCAGUCACCAGAAUACCACUAAAGUCAAAGGCCAUCAGCUGCUGCAGGAAUGUUACUGAAGACAAACUGAUUCUGGGCUGUGAAGAUUCUUCGCUAAUUCUUUAUGAAACUCACCGUAGAGUGACUCUCUUAACACAGACUGAACUUUUGCCUUCGUUAAUAAGCUGCCACCCAAGUGGUGCCAUUCUGCUAGUUGGCAGCAACCAAGGGGAGUUGCAAAUUUUUGAUAUGGCUCUAUCCCCUAUUAACAUCCAACUAUUGGCUGAAGACCGCUUACCCAGGGAGACUCUGCAAUUCAAUAAAUUAUUUGAUGCCUCCAGCAGUCUUGUUCAAAUACAAUGGAUAGCUCCUCAGGUUGUUUCUCAGAAGGGUGAAGGUAGUGAUAUCUAUGAUCUCCUCUUCCUGAGGUUUGAAAGAGGACCUUUGGGUGUGCUGUUGUUUAAACUAGGUGUCUUCACUCGAGGACAGCUGGGCCUGAUAGACAUCAUCUUCCAAUACAUUCACUGUGAUGAGAUCUAUGAGGCAAUAAACAUCCUGAGCAGCAUGAACUGGGACACUUUGGGCCACCAGUGCUUUAUCAGCAUGAGCGCCAUUGUAAACCAUCUUCUUAGACAGAAGCUCACUCCAGAGAGAGAAGCACAGCUUGAGACAAGCCUUGGAACCUUCUAUGCUCCAACAAGACCACUUCUGGAUUCCACUAUAUUGGAAUAUAGAGACCAGAUCAGCAAAUAUGCAAGGAGAUUCUUCCAUCACUUGCUCAGGUACCAGAGGUUUGAAAAGGCAUUUCUCCUAGCUGUUGACAUUGGUGCUCGUGACCUCUUUAUGGAUGUUCAUUACCUUGCACUAGAUAAAGGUGAAUUGGCACUAGCUGAAGUGGCAAGAAAAAGAGCUAGUGACAUUGAUGCAGAAUCAAUAACCUCUGGGGUUGAACUCCUGGGGCCCUUGGACAGAGGGGAUAUGCUAAAUGAAGCUUUUAUUGGCCUGUCUUUAGCACCUCAAGGGGAAGACUCAUUUCCAGAUAACCUCCCUCCCUCUUGCCCAACCCACAGACAUAUUGUACAACAAAGAAUACUGAAUGGCUCUUCUAACAGACAAAUAAUUGACAGAAAGAAUGAACCUGAAAAAGACAUCUGUUCUGGAUUUUUGAUGACUAAUACCUGUAAUGCAGAAGGCGGAGAACUGAGAGAAGACGGCAGAGAACAGGAUAUCAGAGAUGGUAGUUCUCUCAAAAUGAUUCACUUUGGUCUGGUGUAAAUAUUAAGAAAAAAAGAAAACUGCCUCCUUCGUAUCUAAACUUUUUCAUGGCCUGAUACAGACUUAAAAUCCCCUGUGUGGAUUUUUAACAAGAGACAGUAUGAAUCACAUAAAUUAGUUAAGAGUUUUGAGUUGAGUGUUUUCAAAAUAAAGUUUUAUUAUUUCAAAAACAUGCAGCAUAA